CUGCUACUGCGCCACCCCACCCCAUGAGCGCCUUUCUUUCUUCUUCCUUUCUGAGCCUCUUCUUUGGCCUUGUUGCUUGCCUCAACUCACAACUCACAACACACACUGUGCACCCUCAUUUCCCACGAUCCCAUGCACAGCAGACCAAACAAACAACAACGACCUUUUACCUUUCUCAGCUUUCUCACCUUCUCAUCUGAGGCUUGUUCCAGUACCAGCGAUGCGCUUGCUUGUUGUGCUGGCUGUUUUUGUGGCUGCGAUCGCAGCGACGCCGGGUGUGCUGGCGCAGGAGCCGCCCCGGCCCAACAUCCCUGCGACCUUCCUCUCCAUGGCUGAGGUCGAGCUGCAUGAACGCGACCGCACGCGCUUUGGCGAGGGCUUCUUUGCCUCCGACGCCGCCGGCAGCCGCUCUGCGGAGCGCUACGACUUCCACGAGGGUUUCCGCGUCUUCCACCUCCUCAGCCUCCAGCGCUGGGACCUCAAGAAGGAGUUCUUCAUCUCCAGCGAGGACCCCCACGACUGCCGCGUCCAUGACCUCAACAGCUCCUUCGUUGCACCGUUUGCCUGGGUCAAGGACGCCCACUACGUCGGCGAGCACGACCACCACGGCGAGAAGCUUGAUGCGUGGGAGAGCCGCUUCGGCAACGUUCGUCUGUUCGUUGGCGUGCGCAAGAGCGACCCCAACCGCCCCGUUGUCUCCGAGCGCGAAUCUGCACACGAGAUGACCCGCUACCACUUCCGCGACUUCAACACCACCACCCCGCCCUCCCGCUUCUUCAACAUCCCCGAGGAGUGCCAGCACAACGCCGGCGUCCUGCUCGCCGCCGACCCACCCCGCCCCAACAUCCCCGACACCUUCAUGUCCGAGAUUGAAGUGGAGUUCCACGAGGACAGCCACAACGCCACGCACUUUGGCGAGGGCUUCUGGGCACACGACCAGCAGGAUGGCAAGGCUGUCGAGCGGUACGACUUCCGCGACCGCAUGCACGUGCUGCACGUGCUCGGCCUGCAGCGCUAUGACCUCCACCGCGAGUACACCAUCAACAGCGAGGACAUGCGCCACUGUGAGGAGCGCGAGCUUCGUGGCAGCGCCCCACACCCGUUCGACUGGGUGCGCAACGCAACGUAUAUCGGCGAGCACCGCGUGCGUGAGCGCACUCUCGACGCGUGGGAGGCCCGCUUCGGUGGCACGCGUCUCUUCGUUGCGGUUGGCAAGACGGAUCCAAACACCCCCGUUGCCUUUGAGCGCGAAUCCGUCCACGACUUUUCUCGCUUCUUCUUCCGCAAGUUUGAUGCCUCCAAGCCGGACCAGAAGGCAUUUGACGUGCCCGAGGAGUGCCACCACGAGUAACGCUGCCGCCUUGGCCGCUGCAAGCGUGAGUGUUGCUUGCAUGUGGUCGCACCUUCUUCAACCGUCUCCAACAAUUCCUCAUUUUCUCAUUUCUCCUUGGUCGUUUCGAUCAUUUCACCCAUCCUGCUUUCUUUGGGGUUGGCUGCGCUGCCCAGCAUCCGCCGUGCCAUAUGCGCGCAAGAUCGCGACUGUGCCCUCCCACUGCUUCCCCUCUUUUUUUCCUGUGUGCACCUGCGUUUCAUGUCACAUCACAUCCCCCCUUCCUUCUCUUUCCUUGGACACCCAUCGUGCGUGUAUAUGUACACCCGUCUUGCUGCCUCAAAGCAGUACACAAGUAAAAGAGCGAGCGAGAGAGA